CCUGAUCACCUGAUUGAAAGAAAAGAGAAAUACCAAAAGGCCGCCGUUGUGUUCAGGAAUUCUCUGCCUGUUGUGGAAGAGUUGCAGAACAACCUAACAAUGGAAGAAUUCGUUGGCCACCUGAGUCCAGAAGUUAUUUCCAAAUAUAUCCAAGUAUCCUACCAAGUGCCCCUUAAUGCACUCUGACAUGUGUGAUAGCCAUACUGUCUUUAUUCCACUUCUGGCUAAUUGUGGCUUGGUUCCUCAGAUCCUGCUGCUCUCUUUUCUGCCUGUCAUACAUAGUCAGUUGCCCAUAUUGGCAUCUUCUGUUGUUAGCCUGUAUUUUCUUGAACUUACUGAUGUCUUCAAGCCAGUUCACUCCGGAUUUAAUUGCUAUGACAAGAGUCUGAGUAUGCCAUAUAUUGAACCUACACAAGAAGCAGUUCCCUUUUUGAUGUUGCUUAGUCUGGUUUUUGCUGGACCAUCAAUUACGAUAAUGGUAGGAGAAGGAAUUCUGUACUGUUGCCUGUCCAAAAGAAGAAAUGGGAUUGGAACAGAGGCCAAUAUUAAUGCAGGAGGAUGCAACUUCAAUUCAUUUCUUAGAAGAGCUGUCAGAUUUGUUGGUGUUCAUGUGUUUGGUCUUUGUUCUACUGCUCUUGUUACUGAUAUUAUACAGCUAUCAACAGGAUAUCAAGCACCAUAUUUCCUGACCGUCUGCAAGCCUAACUAUACAUCCUUAAACGUAUCCUGCUCAGAGAACUCAUAUGUUGUGGAAGAUAUAUGCUCAGGAGCUGAUGCUAAUAUUAUCAAUGCUGGAAGAAAGUCAUUCCCAUCUCAACAUGCCACCCUGGCAGCCUUUGCAGCAGUGUACAUUUCGAUGUACUUCAAUUCUACAUUAACAGACUCCUCAAAACUUCUGAAGCCACUUUUGGUCUUUGCUUUUAUCAUCUGUGGAAUUAUAUGUGGUCUGACUCGAAUCACUCAAUAUAAGAAUCACCCAGUUGAUGUUUACUGUGGCUUUCUCAUUGGAGGAGGAAUUGCUCUCUAUUUGGGCCUGUAUGCUGUGGGGAACUUCUUGCCGAGUGAGGAGAAUGUGUUUCACCCGAAUUUUCACAGAGAACCUCUAAGGUCCUUGACAGACCUCAGUCAAGAUGCCAAUAGAAUCCUGCCAGGUAAAAAUGGUAGCAGCACUGAUGGCAUUGUCUCUCACCGUUCAGAAAGCAUCCUUAAUAGAAACCACAGAGAUUCAGGUUCUCUGACUAACAUCAAGAGAGCAAAUGCUGAUGUAGAAAUCAUAACACCACGAAGCCCAAUGGGAAAGGAAAACAUGGUAACUUUCAGCAACACUCUGCCAAGAGUCAACACACCAUCCUUGGAAGAUCCAGCAAGACGAAAUGCAACAAUUCAUGCUUCUAUGGACUCUGCCCGCUCCAAACAGCUGCUUUCCCAGUGGAAGAAUAAGAAUGAAAGCCGUAAGCUGUCACUGCAAGUAAUAGAGACUGAAUCUGGCCAGUCACCACCAAGGGCUAUAGAAAUGAGGUCAAGCUCAGAGCCUUCCAGAGUGGGUGUAAAUGGUGAUCACCAUGGUCCAAGUAGCCAAUACCUGAAAAUUCAACCUGGUAGUGUACCAGGUUGUAACAACUCCGGUCUUUCUGGUGGGCCAAGGGUCUCUAUUCAGUCACGUCCUGGCUCUUCCCAGUUAGUACAUAUUCCUGAAGAGACUCAAGAGAAUGUGAACACAUCACCCAAAAGUAGUUCAGCUAGAGCUAAAUGGCUGAAAGCUGCUGAGAAGAGCGUCGCAUGUAGAAGCAACAGCCAGCCAAGAAUCAUGCAAGUAAUAGCCAUGUCUAAGCAGCAAGGAGUGCUUCAGGGCAGUCCAAAGAGUUCAGAGGGAAGCACAGUCACUUGUACAGGAGCCAUCAGAUACAAAACCUUGACAGACCAUGAGCCAAGCAGCAUUGUCAGAGUUGAGGCCCAUCCCGAAAAUAACAGACCUGUAAUUCAGAUGCCAUCAGAAGGUGAAGGAAGUGGAUCAUGGAAAUGGAAAGGACCCGAAAAAGUCACCCUUCGUCAGACAUAUGAAUUAAAUGAUCUCAACAGAGACUCAGAGAGUUGUGACUCCUUGAAAGACAGUUAUGGGUCAGGUGACAGGAAAAGAAGCAAUAUAGAUAACACCGAGCAUCACCAUCAUGGUAUCACUACAAUAAGAGUCACACCAGUGGAAGGAAGUGAGAUUGGCUCAGAGACCCUGUCCAUUUCUUCUAGCAGGGACUCAACACUUCGAAGAAAAGGUAACAUCAUUUUAAUCCCUGAACGAGGGAGCAGUCCAGAGAACACCAGAAACAUCUUCUAUAAAGGCACAUCCCCCACACGGGCAUACAAGGAAUGAGAGGAGACAUAUCAGCUGGUCUGUACCACCACAAAGGAAACAAAUCUUCACAGAGGUUCUGCCCUCUUUGUUUAGAGUUGAUAUUUACCUUUAUGUGCCAAAUGAUUGAUCGGCAGCGCAAAAGUUGCUGAACACUGCUGAUGUGCAAAGUGCAUGAGCCUAAGGAAAUCAUGUAGUGGGGGAAAAGCACAACGCCAGAACCUAACUAAUGUGAAACGUUUUCAUACAACUUGCUUCUUCAGACUCAAAGCAUUUAUCUGAGGGCAAUGUUAAAAUAACAGUCUUGAACACAGACACUUUAAUUCCUGAAUGUGCCAACUUUUUUUUUUAUUUAUAUUUGUGUCCAAAAUCGACUGAAUUUUUCAUAGCAAAUGCUGUAUCAGUGGUAUAUAUUCACCUUUGCAGAAUUUGCACCACGUCUUUAAUACAGGAUGGUGCUGAUAACUUUACAUGUUUUGAAAAUUUGCAUACUUAUUAGACUCUACAAACACAUGACAUAUUGAUGUGCAGUUACUUUAAAAAUAAUAUUGCUAAUAUUAGGAUGAUGCUGGCUGCAUUCAUUUAGCGUAAGAAAUAUUUACAGCUUUGUUAUAGUGGAUCUGUCACAUUCAAAGAUUGCAAAGGUUUUGUGUAGUUCUUUAAGAUGUCUACUGCAACAAAAAAUGUGUAGGUGACGUUCCAUUAGAAUGGAAUAACUAUCUAUUUUGAAUAGUUUUGCUGCUACUGCUCAACUUUUAUUUAAGAACAGGUGCUACUAAUGAAGACGCUGCUUCUUAGUGGGCUAACUUGUAGAACUGUUUUAAAUUAUGUUUUUAAGGGGUCUUUUAAAGUGCUACAAGUAAUUAAGAUCUUGCAUUUUUAAACUUCCAAACAACCCUUUCCAUUGCUCUGUUAGUUUUUAACUUUGUAAUGUUUGACACCUACAACUGCAAAAUGUGAAAGGUGAGCCAUGAGAAAAUAAAAACAAACCGCUGGUUUCCUGAUCAGCUUCAAAGGAGACAGUAAAUACUGUCAUAGCCCACAAUUAAAAGCAGUCAUUCAGCUUACUUGCUUAGCAUGCCACAAGAACAAUCACAAGUUUCACCCCAGUCACCAUUUAGGAAAUUAGUGCUAUGCUUUAAAUGAUGGAAUGCCUUGGUAUUGCAGAAUCACUAAACGAGUGUUGCAUUAUGACACUACUUCUGUUCACUUUCCUUGAGACACCCUCCAGAACCUUGUUAGGGACUAUAUUCUUUCCCUCACCACUGCCACUUAAGAACAUGGAGGGUGUCUGCACCUGAGAGAACACAAAUUACUUUAAUAAAUUAAACUUCGGAUGUAAUAAAAGAAAGCUUGUUUGCUAAAGCCCUCCAUUGCCAAAACUUGUUAAACUGAUGAACUUUGAAAGGAAUACACAUAGCACAUCUUGGGCAUACUAGAAGAAAAGCUUCAUUCAAUGUCUUGGACUUAAAGAACAAACCCAAUUACCCAUGGAGGAAGCCAUGGGUAAUGCUCAUGCAGUGUAGCUCCUCGUUCUUCUGAAGAGCUAAUAACAGACAUCUACUCGCUCCCCCACCAAGAAGGGUGGGAAUGAAUUUGAAGUCCCCUUACUGAAUAAGCUACUGCUUAAAUCAGGUAAAUCAGGUCUGCAUCUGACUUAUUUAUUUUUUCUAAGUCAUCUUCUUAUUCAGGGUAUCACAUAACCAGAUACAUAUGAUAUGGCAUAGUCUGAACUUGUCUACAAACCAUACCCCACAGAUCUUUGAGGAAAAGCCCACCCUGCCUGCUUCAGCCAAGCAGAAGAAAGAAUCAUCCCAUUGCAGGAAGAUAAAUAGCACAACACACACAGACCAAAAAAUAACAACAAAAAACUAAUCACAACCAAAUUCCAAAUCUGACUCUAGGCCUAACUAAUUAUAUAAACAGGAGGGUGACGUGUGCUAAUCUGCACAGAAGAAUGGAUUUGUAGUCGAUGUAAAGCUUUACAUACCUUACGGUUACACAGGUGCUCCAGGCUUAGCUAUCAGCCAGCCCUAUCAAUGCUUCCCCCACCUGCCCAUCACUCAGUGCUGUGAAGAAUGCUGGCCCUUAAGGAAAUGACCACAAUUUUGCUACUAGUGAAGACAAAGAUCCCAUCAUGCAUGUGAUGAUUAGGGGGAAACGUUCUGCAGGUCACAUGUAAGGGGAUAACAGGUUGGGUUCCAGGGUACUUUGUAUGUUGAAGGCAUGCUUUAAGGCAGGAUAGCUGGGAAAUACAAUCACAGAUGCCAGGGAUACAAAAAAAAACAAUUUUUUUAGAAAUGCAUUCUCAGAUUCUAGAACUUACAAAUCAGGAUUUUGUUGGUGGUGGUGUUUUGUUUUGGUUUGUUUUCUUUUAAAAGUAAAGUACCUUUAUUCCUUGGUAUUUAAUACCAAAUUUUGUAUGAGAGUCCUAGGAAUUAUGAACACUUGGAUUGCAAUGAAAAAAAAACUUUUGGAUUUAGUUUAGUCUGAGUACGUGACAAAGCACGUAAAAUUAGCUUUAAAGGAAUAGGUAAGACACAAUCACUGUUGGCCUAUGAAAGCAGGGAAAUAAUACACAAUCAUGUUUUAGUUUGUGAGUGCAAGGCAAGAGAACAUGAGUAGAUGAGCCUGAAAAUAAUGGAAAAUUAAAAUAGAGAAUAAUGGCAAUAAAGCAAAGAUUAGAAAAUAUUCCCUCUGGCAAUUUAGCUGUUUUAGAAACUGCAGGAUUCCUGGCGGGAGUGUUUGUUCUUUAUUCCUUGGUUUUAGUCAGAUAUAUAUUGGCAUAUGUGUUGCUUUUACUAUUCUAAAAUUUGCUGCACUAUUUCAAGUGCAGUGUGAUAUUUUUCCUAAGGUUUCCUAUUUCUUAACAAAAGAUUUUAAAGCUCUUGUGUAAUCAUUGAAAUUGUGUUCUUUACAUAAAUAUUGAUAUAUUCUUUUUUACUCAAAGUGCCAAAGGCUACUGUUUUUAAUAAUGGCUUAUCAAAUUAUAUUACGUUAGAGAGCAGAAAUGUAAUAAUAUAUACAUUAGAACUCAGACCUCUGCAUGUAUAUUUGAUAAGGAGCCUUUUGUAAAAUUACUCUUUGUUUACAUUCCACUGAUACCUUAAUUUAAAAUUAAAUAAAUUUACAGGUGACAUCUUCUUAGUGUUCUGAUUUUCUUACUUGCUAACAGGCACGAAUUUCUUUGUUAGGCUAUGCUUUACUGAAAAGAGGAAAUACUCAGAAAUAUGUUUUUAAAUGAGAACUCUCUAUAUAAAGUAUUGUGUUUAAUAAAAUGUUAUGCAAUGUUUUAAAAUGGAAAAGAAUUUGUA